AGCAGUAGUAAAACUAGUAAAAGAAAAAAAAAAAAAAAAGUGUGAAGAGAAAGAGCUUUGGGGGUUUUGACUCAACUCUUCUCUCUUUUUCUCUCUCUGUCUGCUGCUUCUCUUGCAAAUGAAAUGAGUGAGUGAUUUGGGGGUUGAAGAAACAUUAACACAAACAACAAAAGCCUUACACUUUACUAUGCUUAGACUCUUCUUUUCUAUGCAUCCUUGUCUUUGUCUAUGCAUCUACUGAUCUCUUUCUCUGUUCCUCUAUCUCUAUCUCUUUACUUGCGUUUGUUUCUGUCCUUAUUGGAAACAAAAAUUAACAAGAAUCUCUUCUUUCAGAUCUCUCUAUCUAUAGCUGCAUUGGUGGCUUGGUGUUAAUGGAUUGGAGCUCUAGUGGUUGUCAGAAUUGGUGUUGUGGUAAUUUUGUUGUGACAAGGGACUACACUUAUGGCUUCAAAGUAAUAUAGAUCAAUCCUGUGCAAUAAUCUUAAGGGUAAUAUUAGUUGAGUUUCUGAUAGUAUUUUAAUACAAGGAUUUUCAUAAUUCUUGUAACCGAGCAAACUUUUCCUCGCGUCUUCAUGGGAAUUUGGAGAAACAUUUGAAAUAUAUACUUUUCUGUGAUCAUAGCAAUGGGGGGGCUUUGCUCGAGGAGUUCCACUGUAGAUAAUGCUCCCGGUGGAGGCUUUCCACAUCUAAAUGGUCAUUUUAAUGGGUCUAGUUUGGUUUAUCAGUCUCGUGAACUGAAAAUAAAUAGCAAUACAACUCCAUCUCCUGUAGUGGAAAAUGUGGAAAAUAAGCAAGUGAGAGAACCCCUUUCAUUUCCGGACGGGAUUAACCCGGAUGAUUUCAAUGAGGGUAUUCCUCACUUGUCAAGAAAUAAAUCUAGAUCAACCAAAUCUAAGCAGGCGAAGGUUUCAGAAGUGAGCUCAUUAUUGGGCAGAGCUGGGACUGUUGGUCUUGAUAAGGCAGUGGAAGUAUUAGACACUCUUGGUAGCAGCAUGACAAAUUUAAAUCUUAGCAGUGGCUUUACCUCGGGAGUGACAACAAAAGGAAAUAAAAUUUCAAUUUUGGCUUUUGAAGUUGCUAAUACAAUAGUCAAGGGUGCCAAUCUGAUGCAGUCCCUUUCAAAAGAAAAUACUAAGCAUUUAAAAGAGGUAGUGCUUCCCUCAGAAGGAGUGCAAAAUUUAAUUUCAAGAGACAUGGAUGAACUCUUGAGAAUUGCGGCAGCUGAUAAGAGAGAAGAACUGAAAGUUUUCUCCGGAGAAGUGGUGCGUUUUGGAAAUCGUUGCAAAGAUCCCCAGUGGCACAACUUGGAUCGUUACUUUGAAAAGCUGGGUUCAGAACUGACACCUGAAAAGCAGUUGAAGGAAGAAGCAGAAAUUGUGAUGAAGCAGUUGAUGAAUUUGGUACAAUAUACAGCUGAAUUAUAUCAUGAAAUGCAUGCCUUGGACAGAUUUGAACAAGAUUACCGGCGUAAGCUUCAAGAAGAUGAUAGUUCAAAUGGUCCUCAAAGAGGUGAUAGCCUUGCAAUUCUGAGAGCAGAGUUAAAGAGUCAGAGAAAGCAUGUAAAAAGUUUGAAGAAGAAGUCACUUUGGUCCAAGAUUUUAGAAGAGGUAAUGGAGAAGCUUGUAGAUAUUGUCCAUUUCUUGCAUCUGGAGAUUCAUGAAGCCUUUGGUAGUGCUGAUGGUGACAGACCAGUAAAAGGUUCUUCUAUCAGUCACAAAAAAUUGGGUUCUGCUGGUCUUGCAUUGCAUUAUGCAAAUAUCAUCACUCAAAUUGACACUCUGGUGUCUCGAUCAAGUUCUGUCCCACCAAAUACAAGGGAUGCAUUAUACCAAGGACUGCCACCUAGUAUCAAAUCUGCUUUGCGCUGCAAAUUACAGUCAUUACAUGUUAAGGAAGAGCUUACAGUAGCCCAAAUCAAAGCUGAAAUGGAGCAAACCUUGCAGUGGCUCGUCCCUAUUGCCACUAACACAACCAAAGCUCAUCAUGGAUUUGGCUGGGUUGGAGAAUGGGCAAAUACAGGGUCUGAGGUGAAUAGGAAACCUACUGGACAGACAGACUUGCUUAGAAUUGAGACACUACACCAUGCAGAUAAAGAGAAGACUGAAACUUAUAUUCUUGAUCUGGUGGUUCGGCUUCACCAUCUAGUCUCCCAGGCAAGGGCUACCAAUGGUGGAAUCAGAUCACCAGUUAAAUCUCCAAUUCGAUCACCCAAUCAGAAGACAAUUCAAUUAUCUACCCAUAAGCCAAGCUCCCCGUUGCCCAUGCUGACAGUUGAAGAUCAAGAAAUGCUUCGGGACGUCCCCAAAAGGAAAAAGACACCUGGGAUAAGUAAGAGCCAGGAAUUUGAUACUGCAAAAACCAGGUUAUGCAAACACCAUAGGCUGAGUAAGAGUAGUAGCCACUCGCCAAUGACUGAAACUAAAAAAGACCCUUUCCCUAUUAGGAGGCCAUCUUCUGUUCCGGUCAUUGACUUCGACAUAGACCGAAUCAAGGCGUUGGAUGUUAUUGAUCGAGUGGACACGAUUAGAAGUUUAUGAUGGUAUCUACUGGCAUGGCCAACCAAAAACAGAGGCAAAAAAAGAGGCCUGUGGUUGCAGAAAGGAUUCCAUCUGAUCUGAUGCAAUUUUCCCUUGUUGGUUUCUGUUGGGCGGAGGAUUAUUUUGUCUGUUAGUAGGCGUAUGAUGAUGAGUGAUGUAAGUCAUUGGUUUUUGUAUGUGAGAAUUUUAAGGUGAUAAAAGAUUGCUCAAGGGGAAUUUAAUUGUUCUAGAAAAAAUAUCAGGCUAUAGUUUCCUUAGUCCUUUGUGUACAGAAUACUUGAAUGAUUCUAUAAUAAUUUAAAGUUCAUUUUUUCUCCCCCA